AUGGCGCGGGGCUGCCACUACGUGUUCCGACUGUCAGCGGCCACGGACCCCCUCGCCGCGCUCCGGGACGAGCCCACGCUCUUCUACGCCCCCGCGCAGCGGCCCCGCCCCGGGCCGGCGCCCGCCCAGAGCCGGGUCUGCCUCGUGCACCGCAGGGCCCGCAGGGCGGAGCGCUACUUCCUGGACCCGUACCACCUGGAACUGUUCGGCACCCCCCACCCGACCAUGGUGGCCCGGAUGCCCCGCGAGUGCACCGCGGCGGAGGCCUACGACGUGGCCUGGAGGCUCGUGUGCCACCUUGUCCCCGACCUCCACCUCUCGGAGAAGCGCUACCCGUUCCAGCUGAAGAGCGUGAAGAGGCACGGCACCGUGUGCGCCCGUUGCACAUGGCGGCGGGGCUGCCAGGGCUGCCUCGUGAGCCUCUCCUCCCAGGAGCCGCUGCUGCUCCUCGAGGGGGACACGCUCGCCCUUGACUGGGACGCGCUGGUGCUGCAGCAGCAGUACAAGCACAAGGUCGCGGAGCACGUCCACGACCACGAGUCUCUCGGCCUGGCGGUCAUCGAGCAGUCCGCGCCCGAGCCCAUUGAGCGUUGCCUGAGCAAGUUCGUGGAGGCAGCGGAGCUGUCGGCCUAUUGCCGAGAAUGCACGGCCAAGGAAGGGCGUUACGUGGAGGUCAGCCACCAGAAAACGUACAACCUAUGGGGGUGCCCGCCGCUGCUGACGGUGCAGCUGAAACGCGGUCGAAUGAAUGGCCCCUACGACAGCUACAAGCUGGGCAACCUCGUCAGCUUCCCGAUGCGCCUGGACUCGAAUCCUGCGUCGCGGAGAGCUACCGCGUCGACGUCGAGGCGCCCACCCCGCGCGCGCAGGGGUGCCCCGCAGCGGGGCCCGCGCUCGGCGCCACGGCGGAAGUGCUGCGAGGCUUCAGCACCUUAUCGCGGGCGCUGA